AUGGCGGCCGGCAAAGAGAUAGUGUCACGUACAGAAGCGUUAGUUCCAGCAAUGUCCUCGGUACCUGUGUGCAAGUACCAAGCCUGUACCGACACGGGGACAAGUGCACCAAAUAGGUUUACUAAAACCUCUGACAUCAACAGCAGCCAUAUUAGAACGCACUGUCCUAAAGAGGGUGCACCUAAUAUGUUUACUAAAACCUCUGACAUCAACAGCAGCCAUAUUAGAGCGCACUGUCCUGAAGAGGGUGCACCUAAUAUGUUUACUAAAACCUCUGACAUCAACAGCAGCCAUAUUAGAACGCACUGUCCUAAAGAGGGUGCACCUAAUAUGUUUACUAAAACCUCUGACAUCAACAGCAGCCAUAUUAGAGCGCACUGUCCUGAAGAGGGGGCACCUAAUAUGUUUACUAAAACCUCUGACAUCAACAGCAGCCAUAUUAGAACGAGUCGCGUUGGGUCGCCGACGAUGUCAGCGACCGUUGCCGGUAACCAGCAACAGCAACACCCUCAUCAAGAAUGGGACAUCAACGACUCGAACGUUCCAAGGGUAGUGGAGUAUGAUCCCUGGUGCGAAUGGGCGGAUGGCCAUGUAAGAAGGGUCUACGGGCCAGAUUGCGAAGAGGCAAGGAGGCACGCCUCAGGUUGGGCGAUGAGGAACACGAACAACCAUAACGUUAGCAUCCUGAAGAAGUCAUGCCUCGGUGUUCUAGUCUGCUCUCAAGAGUGCGUGUUACCUGGAGGCGGAAGGGUUCAUCUUCGACCGGCCAUUUGCGACAAGGCGAGAAAGAAGCAACAAGGAAAGCCGUGCCCGAACAGACAGUGCACGGGCCGUCUGGAAAUACUUUCGUGCCGCGGCCAUUGCGGUUACCCCGUGACGCAUUUCUGGCGACACACAGAGCACGCGAUAUUCUUCCAAGCGAAAGGGCAACACGAUCAUCCGCGACCGGAAGCGAAGUCCACGUCCGAGGCGAGGAGGAGCGUGGGCGCCGGCAGAAGGGUACGAGGAUUGGCGGUCCUUUUGGCCAGCGAGGCCGCUCUGGGAUCGAAAUUAAUGUCACUGCGAGGAACGAAACGACCGAGUUCUGAGACGAUCGAGCAACCACCGCGGACUACUCAACCACCACCACUGAUUUCGGACAAAGGAUAUUCAUGCUCCUGCCCACCGUUCGAGUGCAUGUGUGCUCUGCAAACCAACGUUCCGCCUUACCAGCAGUCCCACCACCACCAAACCACAAUGUACCCCCAACAAACGCCUUCGAACGACACAUCCUAUUGGCUACAAGACACCGUGCAACCUCAAGAGAACCCCCUGGGCUACAGCCUACCGAAUCAAGUUCCCCAGGAAGCCUCGUAUCCGGACUUCCCUCCGUUCACCGGUGAACUGUUCCAACCGGAGGAGAUCUUCCAGUUGGAUCAGCCCCUGCGACCGGACUUCCCCAUGAACUCCCAGGACGUGGCCAGGUCGCCCCCGACGUUGCUCGACCUGGGCAGCGGCACCAUCAAGUACGAAAUGAAGCAACACCAAGAUCAGGCCUACUGGAACCAAUUCCUCAGCGAAGACUCCAGCAGCAGCCAUCUGAGCAUGCCCCAGGACGAGAGGCUUCAGUUCCCCGGUUUCGAGACGGACAAAGACUCGAACGGAUUCUGCGCGAAAAGACCCGUGAACCAUUUCGUUCCCGACAAGGAAGCCAAUCAGACUCAUCCCCUGAACAACGCGCUCAACUUCCAGGACUACCAACGGAACCCCAACCACAAGAACUUUGUUGACGGAACGAUGAAGAACGAUCAACAGUCCAACUACUGGGCCCAGAAUCACCAGGACGACCGUUUGAACUUCCCCGGUUUCGAUCCUCAAAAGGACGACCUGUUGGCUUCCAGGAGGGACGUGAACUGUUUCCCCAAAGAGAACUGUCAGCCGGGUCUGAUGGAGUCCGGAAACUACAACGUCUACCCGAAAAAGGAAAACGGAAUGCACGAACCGGUCCGUUCUAGUCGCAGCCCCGUGCAGAACAAAUACGCUUACGACGGCUACAGCCCGAUGUUCGACCAUUCGGACUCCAAGAGCCACAUGGCCAAUCGAUCGCACCAGAACUCCAACCGAAUGGUCCUGGACGAGAGACUCCAGAACAAUUACGGGAACCACGAGGCUCCCGACACCACCGAGAGGCUGUUCCCCGAGUCGAACGGCAUGGACGCGUCCAUGCAGUCGCAGAACAGCUCGGAACCGUUCUUCUACCCCAGCAACGACCGCUGCCAUUACACCUGCGAGGUGCUGGACACUCGACUGCCUCAAAUGAUGAACCCUGGAACCGGCCAGACAGGGAUCAGCAACUACGGAGACGUCAGCGAACUCGAUCUGCCACCUUUCGUCGAUUACACCCUCGUAGGGAUGCUGUGCAGCUCCGCGGAGGAGGACACGUCGAAUCUGUUACCUGGUUGCCCUCAGAACGCGCAGACCUACGUUCCUCAUCAUUAG